CCUGCCUCUCCCUCCCCUUCCCCCAACCUGGAUCCUUCCUGCAGACUGUGUGCGAGUCCCCCCCUAGGGUGUCCUCUUCUAUAGGUGGAGGUGAUUCAAGGUGUAGGGUGGUGUCUGUUUUGGGCUCUUCUAUUUCACUUUUAGAGGGGCCCAGGUGAAAGUAUUUCUGUGUGUAUAGGUAGGCUUCUAGUUUUUCUUUUUUGUGGGAUAUAGUUUUAUCUUUUUUUUUUGUUACUUUUCCACCAUGACUGCUGUUUCUCCGGAUUACCUGGUGGUUUUAUUCACAACAACUGCUGGGGCCAAUGGGAGUAAAUUGGGCUCAGAUGAGAAAGAGGUGAUUCAGCUGCUGUGGAAAGUCAUUAAUCUGUCCAACAAAAAGGUGGGGGAGCUGCAUGAGGUUACAGUCAGACCUGAUCACCUGGAGCUGACGGAAGAAUGUAAAGAAAUCACGCGGAUUGAAACAGACGGCCUGUAUGUGGCCCCACAGUUGGAACAAGCUCUGCAACAGUUCAACCAAUCCGUAGGCAAUGAACUGAAUAUUGGUGUGGGUACUUCAUUCUGUAUAUGCACCGAUGGGCAAUUCCAUGUAAGACAAGUUCUUCACCCUGAAGCAUCCAAAAAGAAUAUAUUGCUCCCAGAAUGCUUCUACUCCUUUUUUGAUCUGAGAAAAGAAUUCAUGAAGUGCUGCCCUGGAUCAAGCAAUUCUAAUGAGUUGGAUGUACAUGCGAUGGCAAGUUAUCUCGGUUUUGAAAAACAAAAUGCACACUACAGAUAUGGAGCUUCAGAAGUUGAUGAUAUGGGAGACAUAAUUGUAACGUUGAUUUCAGAACCAUACAAUUACAAGUUUUCAGCCCCCGAAAGAGUAAACUACAAAUUUGAAUCUGGUACCUGCAGCAAAUUGGAGAUAAUUGAUGAUAACACAAUUAUCAGAGCAAGAGGAUUACCGUGGCAGUCGUCUGACCAGGAUAUUGCACGAUUUUUCAAAGGCCUGAACAUUGCAAAGGGUGGAGCUGCCCUUUGUCUCAAUGCUCAGGGUCGCAGAAAUGGUGAAGCCCUUGUGAGGUUUGUAAGCGAAGAGCACAGAGACCUGGCGUUGCAGAGGCACAAGCAUCAUAUGGGAAAUCGAUACAUUGAGGUAUACAAAGCCACUGGAGAAGAUUUUCUGAAAAUUGCCGGAGGUACCUCCAAUGAAGUGGCACAGUUUUUGUCCAAGGAGAAUCAGGUGAUCGUGCGCAUGCGAGGGUUGCCUUUCACUGCCACUGCAGAAGAAGUGCUUGCAUUUUUUGGCCAGCAGUGCCCAGUUACUGGAGGAAAGGAAGGAAUACUCUUUGUCACCUAUCCAGAUAACAGGCCAACAGGAGAUGCUUUUGUGCUGUUUGCCUGUGAAGAGUAUGCACAGAAUGCACUGAAAAAGCACAAAGAAUUGCUUGGAAAGCGCUAUAUUGAGCUCUUCAGGAGCACUGCCGCGGAGGUGCAGCAGGUCCUGAACAGAUAUUCCUCUGCGCCUCUUAUACCACUUCCCACUCCUCCCAUCAUUCCUGUACUACCUCAGCCGUUCAUUCCUCCAGUGAAUGUGAGGGACUGCAUACGCCUCCGGGGGCUUCCUUAUGCUGCUAGCAUUGAGGAUAUCUUGGAGUUUUUGGGAGAGUUCUCUGCAGAUAUCCGGACACAUGGGGUCCACAUGGUACUCAAUCACCAAGGCCGCCCAUCCGGGGACUCGUUUAUACAGAUGAAAUCGGCAGACCGGGCCUAUCUGGCAGCACAGAAGUGCCACAAGAAGACCAUGAAGGACAGAUAUGUGGAGGUGUUUCAGUGUUCAGCAGAGGAAAUGAACUUUGUCUUAAUGGGGGGAACUUUAAAUCGCAAUGGCUUGUCCCCGCCGCCAUGUAAGUUACCAUGUCUUUCACCUCCAUCUUACACGUUCCCAGCCCAGACCGCUGUUAUUCCUACAGAAGCUGCAGCUCUUUAUCAGCCCUCGUUGCUCCUGAACCCUCGCAGUUUGCAACCAUCUGCCGCCUACUAUCCCGCAGGUGCUCAGCUCUUUAUGAACUACACAGCAUAUUAUCCAAGCCCUCCAGGAUCUCCAAGUAGUCUUGGGUUCUUCCCAGCGUCUGCCGGUGUCAGCAGUAUGCCCCCUCACAAUACAGGUGCCAUGGUACGCAUGCAGGGGCUGGCAUACAAUUCUGGUGUAAAAGAGAUUCUUAACUUCUUCCAAGGCUAUCAGUACUCUCCAGAAGAUGGACUUUUGCCAGUGAAUGACCAGGCACGGGCACUGCUCACUCACCCCAAAGAAUGGGUUUGUAUUUAAAGGUGCUCAGCGUGCCAGUGUUUGAAGAGAAGGCUUAUGAAUUCAGGAUACAUAUGUAUUGCUUGCCAAACCGGGAUGCCUUGGUCCCCUCCAUGAUUAUAUAAUCCGCCAAAUGAACACCGCAAACUACUCGCCUGAUUGGCACCUUCAAUAUCACUCUCUGCCUGAAGCUGCAGGCGAUCUUUGAUUGGUCCAGCAGCCCUUGGAAUGGGUUUGACUGGAUGCUAGCAAGCUAGUCGGACAUCUUACUCUCAUACCUCCCUCCCCAAAACCAAGUCAAAGAACAUCCAUCCUACCCUAAGCCUUCUAGGGGAAUCCAAGAGACUUUCUAUUUAUACAAUAGACUUGCGGCAAACGUGCCUUCCGUUGGAUCGGUGCACAUUGCUUUUGCUGGAGAAAGUGUAGCAGCAGUAGUAAAAACAAACCUAAAUAUGAAAUAAUUAAAAUAUAUAAAUAUUUAAAAAAAAAAAUAAAGCAUUUAUUUUAGAACUACUGUUAAAAACAUUUUUCUGCUGGAGCAAAAAAAAUUUUUUUUUUAAUGCCAAUUUUUUUUCUGCUUAAACAAUAGGUUUUUUUGGACCCCUCCUGGGUCUGUUUAUAUUUUUUGUAAGAUUUUUUUUUUAUUUUUUUUAUUUUUACUCAAGAAGUUGCUCAAAAUAAAACUGAUCCUUCCUAUUAACUCCGUGUCUUUUUAUAAGUUGCUGGUUACACCUCUUGGAACUAGUUUGUCUGAAACGCUGACGCAUGCUAAUCUCUGCUUUUGUGCUCUAGCGUAUGCUUGUUACAUUAUCCUCGUGUUGAGAUUUACUAAAGGCCACCUCUUGACAACACUGCUGCCUUAUGUGACAGUAGCAGUUUGAUAUAUAUUGUCCUGCAGCCUGCCCGGACAUCUAUCUCAGGGAAGAAAUUCCGCAGAUUUUUGUCGCAAUCUACCAUAGAGACGUCUAAGUUGCCACUCUCCACUUGUUGUCGAACUACAUCUGCCAGCAUUUGUUUCCUUGGGAGGAUUCUGGGAAUUGUAGUCCAGCAGUUGGCAGGAAAAGCUUCGCAACCCUAGGUGAAGUUACUAUGUAAAAAUAAUUUGUUUUGUUUAUUUCUAACACCAAGGUUGAAAAACCUACAGUUUUGGCUUUAAGUAACCAGGUAUUUUAUAGACUUUGUUUAAAGCACUUGAUUUUGAAAAGGGAACAGUCCUUGAUGUUUGUGCUUUACUGAUGACAUUAUGUGCCUUUAUUGUAGGAACGAAAAUCUGCAAAAUAUUGCAAUAAGAUUAAAGAGUAAAAGUGUAUAUACAUUUUGAUAAUGAGAUUGUAUAAUAUGUUUUUGUUAGGCAAAUGUCUUUAUUUUUGUGCCUUAUUAGAAGGAUAUGUUUGGAACUGAUUCACUGAUCCUUUCACUUCCGUUUAACAGACUGCUGAGCUCUGGCUUGCAUUGAGGCUUCUAACAUAAUCAGGAAUCUGUGUUAAACCUGGCUGCUCUUUGGCUCUGUAAUUGUCUGUAGACUCCAUGCCUAAACUGCCACAUAGGCAUGACAGUGUGGUGUCACAGCAACCAAUAUAUAGCUUCUUCCAGUUGUGGGGUUAACCCUUCAAUCAUAACAAAUGUAAUCUUGCUCAUUUCUAAACAUUUUUGAAAUGAACGCUUUUUUGUAUAGUUUUCAAGAUAUUAGCAGUUUAACUGUUACAAGACAACUGGUCAUUUGUAUAGCGAGAAAAGAAACCUGUGACGUUGCUUUGCUUAGACCACUAUUCUAUGGUUUUAAUCAGAGCAACAUCACAAGGCAUUCUUUUUCUCACAAUUACCUGUCAUUUUCAACCAACUGUAGGCAGUUGUUCUAAAUGACCAGCAGGUGGCACUCUUUCAAAUUCAUUAUAGUCUAAAAAUGUAAAAAAAAAAAAAAAAAGCUGCUUUGUGGGUUUACAUUGCCUUUAAGAUUUGCCUAUUCCAUAAUGUGUACUUUCCAAAUGGUUUAAGUGGCACUGCAAUUUAUGUAGCCCCUUAUAUCAGGGAUGGCCAUUCUCCAGUACUACAACCAUGUACUAACAUGGGGCGUGUUGCUGGAGGAUGCUGGGAAGUGUAGUUCAAUAAUAGUGGAAGGGCUACAGAUUAGCUGUCUGGAUGGCAAAUACAUUUGAACCUAUAGACUGACUCAAUAAACUGUUCCAGAUAGGGCCUCAAAAUAUACCGUCUCCUAUAUGUGCCUUUAUAUUGUGCUGUAUGUGCUCAAGACUGUUUCUGCAAAAAAACCUUCUAAACCUUGCCAUUGGCGGCCUUUUGCUUUCAUGAACUACAUAUCCCAGAAUCCCUUGGCUGUGAAUAUGGACUUGAACUCCAUGAAGAGUCUCUGGAGGGCUGUCGACUGGAUAUCUACAACCCUUAUUUAUGAUAUCCCUAAAUGUAUUUGCUACAUGCGAGGGCAUCUGGAAACCAUUUAGAUGAAGGAUAUCCCAUAUCCAUUGUAUAGCAUACUCUUCCCUAAAAGACUGCCUGGUCUGUAUUUCUGUGUUGGUUCCCAUGUUCCUUAUCUAAAAGACUUCCUACAGGUUUGGUAGGGCUUUUUUUUUAGGUUUGUCUUCCAAGAUGAAAUCUUUAGGAUUCACAUUAAUGGAUAAUACUGUAUGAGCAGAGUUUAACUAUACAAACCAAAUGGCAAAUAGUGUUUUUAUCCUUGAAAAUAAAAUUUUUUGAGUAAUUCCUAAUUUGUCUUAAUCCAGCUACAUGCCCAAUGACUACAAUGCCAGAGACCAAGUUUACCCUUAUUGCAAGAAAAAGCAAUAUUUGGUAGGGCCAAAAGUCACGAGUUUCAAACUCUCUAGAUUUGCUGUUAUUUUGCAGGAGCCAAGUGUUUAUUGCCAAUGAUACUAAGCUUUGAAAGCUUCUCUGCCGCAGGAACAGCCUAAUUAACUGAUACUAUGAAUGUCCAUGUUGCUUGAAAAUAAAAUGUAAGGCUUUCAUAAUAUUACUGUCAUGUGCCUAAAAUGUGUCACUACUGAACUUGUAACACUUAUUAGAUUCUCAUGAUGUGUUUUUUUCUUUGUAUAGUUUUAUUUCAUAAUAAAAUAUUCUUCUGUCUCAAAA